CCCAUUUACAAUCUCUUCAUCUUCCCCACUCGACUGCGCUAUCUGUUCCUCUCGUCUUCGUCACUUUUUGCUUCCCGCUUCGUCGCUCACCUCUGCUUCUCCUUCAUAAUCCAUCCGCGCCGCCGAUGAGCAACGGCAUAGGAGAACUCCUCGCCCUUGAUUUUAACUCUCUCACUUUCUAGCAGCGAAAUCUGUUUUCUCGGAAAUGGAAGUAGCGAGCUACACUAAUUAAAAGAGCUCAGUCCCCUCCCGCUUCCUCUUCCCUAACAGAACAUUCUCCCAUGGCUGCCGCAGCAGUCAACACUCUCAACCAUUUCACUCCACCAAAACCAAGAACCUGCCUAGCGAGGUACGCGGCCCGGAAGUCCAGCAUCGCAUUGUUGCCUUCCUCCCGAUUCGAGCGCCACCGCUGGAAAUUCCAUUUGCCUUCUAGAACCCGGAGAGCGUUCGUGCCGAAGGCGGACGACGGCGACGCCGACGGAGGCGGUGCCGACGAUUACGACUUGGACGACGAGGAGGUGGAGGAAGUGGACAACAAGAAGGAUUACGAUGUGGAGUACGAUCCUUUGGCUGGCGAUGGAGACGACAUUGCGAUGGUUGCCAGCAAGAAUUUCGUGUCUACUCAGGGGUGGCAUUCGGAGAAGAUCGUUGAUUACAGAAUUGACGAAGAUGAGUUCCACAAGAUAAGCUUAUUUGAUUGUGAUUUCUUUAUCAGGAAGCCACCGGACCCUGAUGCUGAUGUGUUUGAUUUCCGGGAGAUGUAUGUUACUCCGCCGGAUACUGAUGUUUAUGCUAUCCCCAGAGUUCUUGGUGCUAUGCCGCAGAAGUAUAUUCGAUGUGCAAAGAGUAACUAUGGAUGUUACAACGUGACAGAACCACCGAUUGAUGCACCCCGAGAUCCUUUGUAUAAAUCCGAGAGGGAGGUGUGGAAGGUACUCUUGACAAAGCACUACAGGAAUCGCAGGCAGGGAGAUCCCGAGUUUAUACUGGACUUUGAGGAAGUUUACAUCAUAGAUUCCAAAACAAAGUCCAUAACCAGAGCAAAAGUAGUGGUGACUGUUCCGGGCGGGAGAAACAGGGAUAGAAAGAACGACUUGCUUGUUAUACGAGAUAACGGGACUUCCUUCAAGAUAAUUGAUUCGGCUCAGAGAGACGACCCUACCACCAUAAUCGAGAGGGAGGAAUGGGGUAAGACUAGACGAGACAUGGAGAGACACCUCAGCAAGCUACGCGACUUCAGCGUGUCAAACUGGUUCUAAGGGAUACAGUUACAAGCUUGAUUAUGAUACGGGAUUAAUGGGAAUGAUUCCUUCAAGUAACUGAAGAAAUCGUGUCCGAAGAGAUGACUUCUGACAAGCCCGGCCGAACGAUUUCAAGACAUGAGAGACUUUGGGAGGGAAUGUCGGCUGGCAUUCGUUCAACAGUUGGCAAGCUAGAAGGGUAAUCUCCCUGCCAUGGAUCUGGAUUCUGGUGCAAAGUCAUGGAUUUUGAAGAAUCUCAUUUGCGGUUCAUUGUUCCCGAAAUGGGAUUUGGUAAAAGGUAGAAAGUUAUAUUAGUGAUAGCUGUGGGAUAGUGUAUUGCUAGUAAAUGAAGAGCUUGUUCAAAGAUGCGUAGUAAUGUUUGGACUUUCAUUUCACGACAUCCAUAGACGGGGCCGGUGGCGCACUGAACCUCCUAGUGUACGAGUAGGUCGAUUUUUUAUUAAAGACAAAUUUACCUUAGAAGUAGACUGUAUAUGGUCCGACUCUUGGGUUGACUAUUCAAUUGUAGAAUCAAUCCUUUUCUUGUUA